AUGUUUGACGGCUCCGACCCCCGGCAUGAGCUCUGGGACACAGAGGAGGAAGAGGAGGAUGAUGAAGGAUCCCGGGAUCCCACCGCUGCCGCCGACGCCUUUUCGCCCCGUACGCCUUGCAAGAGCGGCGUUCGUCAGGAUACAAAAGCCAUCUGCGUAAGAAAUUGGCCUACACAGCAGGCGACCAGGUGCUGCUCCCGGACACUCUCCCACCCUUCUUUCCAGUCGUUCUACACCGCUGUCUCCACCUGCAGCCGCUCCUCCCCAGCUGCAGCUGCAGACCAAGGCGCCUCGCCCUCAGAACUCGAACCCAAAGCCACGCCUCUGCCCCCUGUGGACUGCAGCGGUUUCUACUACACCGACCCAACGAUGCCCCCCGGACAUCGGAUCUACAACUGUCUUUCGGUCUCCACCCAGGAAGUCCUCCGCAGCCUGACCCUGGAGACCCCAGCGCCCAUCAUGUCUGUCUGCAGAGCUUCCCCGCCUCGCAGGGCCAGCCCCCGCACCCAGUGGCUCUCUGAGCUGGAGUGCAAGGCGGUCUCCGCUCUCAUGGAACUCCCAGACAGCGCCGGCCAGGAUCCUGGCAAGUGCCGGCCCUCCCCUUGCUUGCCAGGAGAAGCGGAGGGGCUCAGGGAAAUUGAGACCUCUGGGAUGCUGCCAUAG